UGGCCGAGGACAGCACUUUUUAGAUUUUUGGUGAUGGUGAAUGUGAGGUCCUCCAUGACCUUGUGUUACAUGUCCACUGUCCCGUACAACACAACAGUGUGUGCGUGUGCCCGUGAGAGACAGAGAAAGAGAGAGACAGAGAUAGACAGAGAGAGAGAAAAACAUGGCAUCUUCUUCUCAGCUCUCAGCUCUCCCUCAACGUUUUGCUCUGGCUACCACGGACCACUAUUAGAAUACGCUAAGCUGUAUAUUGUUGGAAGGGCAGUGAUUUUAACCAGCAUUCAUUUCUAUCAAAUCACAGUAAAUUUCAAGUCAGUUAGGAUUCGUGUGAGAUCUAGUUUGGAACGUGAGAACCAAAAUCCAGGAGAUUCAGACAACUCAUCAAAACCAUCAAAGGGAUCUCAAUCAUCAAUCUCUCGGCGUUGUUGUCUCACAUGUUUGUGCUCAACUUUAUCUUUGAUAAACAAUUCUGGUACCCCUAUUUCCAUACAAAAUGCAACUGCUUUAGAAGGGAAUGAAAGACCAGGAUGCCGGAACUGUGGGGGCAGUGGUGCUGUACUUUGUGAUAUGUGUGGUGGUACGGGAAAAUGGAAAGCUCUGAACAGAAAACGGGCUAAAGAUGUCUAUGAAUUUACAGAAUGUCCAAAUUGUUAUGGUCGAGGAAAACUUGUGUGUCCUGUUUGUUUAGGGACUGGUUUACCGAAUAACAAAGGUCUUCUUAGGAGGCCUGAUGCAAAACAGUUACUUGAUAAGAUGUAUAAUGGUCGGCUGCUACCAAAAUCUUGAAUUAGAGGCUUUUUGAUCACAAGAAUACACUUCAACUAGUUGGAGAAAGAAGAGGCACAGAGAGUAUAGAGUACUUGUUACACUCCCAAGUGCAGCACAGAUAUAAAGCUUUUUUCCUGUUGAGUAAUCAUCUGCUUGGUCUAACCGAAUAGUCUAUACUUGCGAUAAGUUGCAUGCAAUUUGGGCUUGAUACCAAGCACUGGGAAAUACCUUUUGUUUACUUUAUUACUAUAGUAAUUCACUUAGCUGGAGGAGAAGACUACAUGGUUCUAUGAUGCCAUGUGAUACAUGAUUAUUGCAUUGCCAAGUACAAAAGUUUUUUACUGAUUUGAUCAAUGUACGACACUUGUGGUGGACUCGUUGAUCAUCACAAAUUGUAAGCAUUACAUUAGGCAUAUUUGUUGUGGAAAAUGGACUUUGUUACUGAGCUUUACAAUGUGUUUGAAUA